CGGUCCCUGAACGUCUCCUGAAGACCCUCUUUCCCCCAGAAUGGAUCCCGUGUACGAGACCCCCGAGGUCAUCUACGAUAACCAGUCGCCAGGUAUUUAUGACGUGACAUACGAGACGCCAUACGCAGAGCCUUCUGACGUGAUGGCAGAGUACGAAAACAUCGAAAGGGCCAGAGAAGCACCAGCUGCCCCUUCUCUACCUCCAUCAGCCAAGAGGAGAGGCAGUUCCUCCUCUUCCUCCUCUUCCUCCUCAUCCUCCUCAUCUUCCUCACAUUCUGGAGAUGAAAAGAAAGGGGAAGGAACAGUGAAAAGGAAGGAGGAAUCGGAGAAAGAAGAGGUGGAGGAGAGCAACAUAGAGCUGAAUUUGGAGAGGAGAUCUCCAGAAGAAGCGAAGAAGGCGAACUCAUCACGCAAAUCCUCAUCUUCCUCAUCAUCAUCUUCAUCUGCCUCUGAGAAGGAGGAACCAGAGGAGAAGCCAGAGCCUGAAAAGGAUGGACCUAAAAUACAACUUUAUGUUAAGGCUGGGAGCGAUGGGGAGAGCAUCGGAAACUGUCCCUUCUCUCAGCGCCUCUUUAUGAUCCUCUGGCUGAAAGGAGUAGUCUUCAAUGUCACCACUGUGGACCUCAAAAGGAAACCGGCCGAUCUCCACAACUUGGCUCCAGGGACGCACCCUCCUUUCCUCACCUUCCAGGGGGAGGUGCUCACCGACGUUAACAAAGUGGAGGAGUAUCUGGAGGAGAUGCUGGUUCCACCAAAGUAUCCCAAACUUGCAGCAAAGAAUCGGGAAUCAAACGCAGCGGGAAAUGAUAUAUUCGCCAAGUUCUCUGCUUACGUCAAGAACAAAAGACCGGAUAAUAAUCGAGUGUUAGAGAAAAGUCUGGAAAAAGCCCUGGCCAAGCUGGACGAGUAUCUUCUGAGUCCGACAGCUGACGAGGUUCAAAAUGGACGUCACAGCGGAGAUGGGGAAUCCAAACGCAAAUAUCUAGACGGAGACGAAUUGACGCUGGCGGACUGCAACCUGCUUCCUAAACUCCACGUCUUAAAGGUGGUGACGAAGAAAUACCGAAACUACGACAUCCCGUCUGAAUUCAAGGGGUUGUGGCGUUAUCUCGGAAACUCCUACAGCCGAGACGAGUUCACCAACACGUGCGCGGCCGAUGUGGAAAUCGAGCUGGCCUAUAAGGACGUUGCUAAGAGGUUGGGGAAGUGAAUGCAUCGCUACCAUAGAUCGCUACCCUUUUUCUCCUGUUAGAAAACCAACAAAAUCACACGGCAUACACUCUUUAAAAAGCUAUUUUUUAACACAUGUGCUGAAAUAUGUGGUCUAUUGACGAAAAAUGCAUUUAUUGGAGUUGCUGUGUAGCUUCUCAAGUCGUAGCGGUAUGCCUCUGUAAAAAUACUGCUCUUUAAACAAAUGAAAGAGGCAGAAAUGGUCAGAUUUAUCUAAACAAUUUGAUGGUCCCACGGAACAAAAUUGCUUUCUCAAUUACAUAUUUGAAAACCGUCAAACACGAAGCUCGGGUUAAUUAAACUAACUACUUAUUUAAGUUUAGUAAAAGAUAAUGUUAUAAUAGUUAUGUUUGUUACAUACAAUAGUUCAGUAAGUAUGUGCUUCGCCCUAUGUAGAUUUACACAGACUUUUAUGAAAGACUUAGUCCCAAUUUGCAGCUGGGUUAGCGUAUUAGCAAAUUAUUUAUUCUCCAUAUAAAGCGCCUUUCCAGAACCAAUAACAAAAUAGCAAGAGAAAGGCUUAUUAAAACCAGAAUCAUUUCACAUUAAGGCAUAAAGCAGUGUUUGAUUAUUCGUCCUGUCUUUUUUCUUUUGUGGAUUAUGUUGUAUUUUUAAUGUAUAGACACAAAAACUGGUGUUGGAAAAUAGUGUUGUGUUUCAGCCAAAGUAAUUUAUCUUUUACCAUUUUUAUAGAGUCUUUCCCUGGCAAUGAUUGAAGGAUUCACAUCAGAUGUUAUUGUAUUACUGAUCCCUAUCUGAAACGGUCGAAGUCCCAGUGUAAUUCAGAUCAAAACGUUACUUUUAAUUGGAUAAAUCCGCCUGUAGUGAGAAGAAAAGGCACCAAAACAAACCACAUCAACCCCAUUUUAAUCACGAGUGCCUUAGUGGGAAUCAAGCUCUCUCCUGCCUUCAGAUCUUUGUCUGUACAGUACAUUAUAUAUAUAUCUGAAUAUAAUAUGAAUGUGACUUCUCUUACCCUGAGGAGCUGUGUGAUAAUAACAUUUAAACUUCUGUAAAUGAUUGUCGCUCUACUAUAUUCCUCUUCUUUCCGAUGAUUAGAACCACGAACCCACUGUGUAUAUGUCGCUUAUUUGAAUAAUAAAUCUAUUUUCUCAGAGACUGA